AUGAAGUCCCCACCGAAAGGGAUGCUGUCGCUUGGUAUCGCCUUGGUCGCGUUGCUGCUGCUGUUGCCUCCCGAAGGUGAAACGUUCAAUCUUUCCCCGGUGCCGAGCUACGUGUUCCGGGAACCAAACUUGGGGUUGCAUAUGGAAAAAGUACGCAGCUCGUACUUUGGAUAUUCGCUUAAUCUGCGCCCUGGAGGUGUAAUUGUCGGUGCACCGAGAGCGCAAUCGGAUUUGGCGGCACAGCGCAAGGUGAACGAGACUGGCGCCAUCUAUCGUUGUCGCUUUACGGACGGUGAAUGUGGUCCGUACUACUUUGAUAAGCUAGGCAACACGAACGCCGAACAGUCGGACUUUGCGUACAACUCGGAGAAGAAGGACUUUCAGAUGCUGGGCGCAACCAUGGAUGGACAUGGGGCCGACGGCGAUCGGUUUGUUGUUUGUGCACCGAAGACGAUCAGUGAGCUGGUCGAUUACUAUCUGCUGCACGGCAUUUGCUACGUUACGGACGGUACCGAACAGGACCAGGAACCGAAAGACAUUCGAAAGAUCAUACCGUUGCGUGCGAAAGAUAAACAGCUGCACAAGGAUCCGUACGGACAGUACUACAACUACAUGUACGGUGAGCAGGGCAUUAGCGUGCAUGUGACCGACGAUGGGGAGGAGAUACUGAUCGGAGCACCGGGAGUCUUUAACUGGCGCGGUACGGUGGUGCGAUAUAGACGACGCUUCAACGAAGAUAUGGGUGGCCUCAGCCGGCGCGACGAUUGGUUGGCUCAGCAUCGUCCAACCAAUCGACACAGGCGCCAGAUCAUUCAGUACGUCAGUGAUGUGCCGAAUCCGUACUUUAGCAACUUAACGGAUGAUUCGUACUUCGGAUAUGCCGUCGGGUCGGGAGAUUUUCGGGGCGACCGGAAGACUCUUUACGUGGCGAGUGCUCCACAAUCGAACGGACAGGUGGGCAGUGUGUUUAUAUUCGACAUCAUCAACGCAGAUUCGUUCCUGGAAACGCAGAUCAAGGUACGGUACACCUUUCCCGGCCGGCAGCAGGGUGAGUACUUUGGGUAUGCGCUACUGGCCGAAGAUUUCAAUGGCGAUGGGUUCGCGGAUCUUGCCAUCUCGGCACCGAUGCAUAGCCGAUCGGGUGAUUAUGACAGUGGCGUUGUGUACGUAUACUGGAACGAGGGCGAACUGAACUUUCAGCUGCAGGGAAUGCUGGCCGGCAAUCAUGAAGUUGCAGGUCGGUUUGGUACAAGUCUCGGAAGAAUUGGUGAUAUUAACAUGGACGGAUAUAAUGACCUUGCUGUUGGUGCUCCUUUCGAGGGUAACGGUGCCGUGUACAUCUUCCUCGGCUCGGCGGACGGACUUCAGCCGAAACCAAGUCAACGGUUAACGCCACCAACGAAUGAGUUGCUCUCACCUCAACCGAUGUUUGGUUUCGCACUGUCACGGGGCAGCGACAUCGAUGCUAAUGGUUACAAGGAUCUUGCCGUCGGAUCACCGAAUGACGAGAAGGUGUACGUUUACCGGACGUAUCCGGUCGUGCGUGUCGAGGCGGAAGUUACCUCGUCCAAGCGGGAACUCACACUAGACGACACAACGUUCGAUCUGUCCAUCUGUAUGAGUGCAAUGUUCGUCGGCGGACAACCGUUCGAUGUGCAGCUCAGCUACGAGCUUAGCGUAGAUGCGCAGGUUGGCCGUGUAACACUGCCCGGUGUUGGUGGUAAUAGACGCAACGAAACUAUCACCGUCGCCGGUACGAAUGAAUGUCGCCGGUUCGAUGUGCGUCUGAAGGCUACAGCCGCUAGCAUCUAUAAGCCGGUGUUCGUGGAGCUGUCGUACGAACUGGUACGUCAGCUUCCAGCAGCCGACGGGGAUGAUACUACUUUCUGUGCCUCGUGUGCGCUGCUAGACCCAACUGUGCCGAAUCGGGUGAUUCAAAAGAUUUCCUUCAAGACGGGCUGCCAAGGAGAGGUGUGCGUGUCCGAUUUACGCCUGUCCGCCCGUUGGUUAGACAUUACGCCUGUUUACGUACUUGGCAGUACGAAGAAAGCAUCACUAGAGUUCGAGGUGUACAAUGCGGGGGAGAAUGCGUACCUGCCUCAGCUGAACGUAACACUCACACCGGCCCGUUUGACACUGGCCAAGCUGACAUCGGAGUGCCAGCAAAAGAUCACAGAGGAAGGAGUUAAUGUACUGUGCGAUCUCAAUAAUGGUUUACCGCUGAAGGCAUCCUACACCUCCCGGUACACUCUCAUCCUCGAUAUGACAAAGCUGGAAGGUACCAGUGCCGAGAUUAAGGCGGAAGCGAUGAGCUCCAGCGAAGAAUCCGUGCAGGAGGAUAACUUCCUCGAGCAGGUGCUUACACUGCAGGAGUUUAGCGAUAUCGAGAUUAUUGGCAAAACAUCAACAUCUGAGGUGUUCCUGGAACAGCAAAGCGGACUACACAACAUCACGUACGAGAUACAGGUACACAGCAAUGGACCUAGCACGUUCCGGCGGCUGGAGUUUACGCUGGAUGUACCGCUGGUGUAUCACAAGCCAAGCUCCGGAAAAUCGUUCAAGAUCAUUAACUUUAACGACAUGGUCGUGACCGGUUAUUACAACUACAAAACGCUCGACUACACCUGGACGCAGAACGAUACCAUCCUGCUGCCGAAUCCGAUCGAACACGAUCAUAUCCGUCCGCCGACUGUAGGCGUUGAAGAUAUGCACCGACUGCCGUCCGAUUUUGAUCUCCUCUCUGGUGGUGGAAUUGCUAGUGCAGGAAUCGGCGGCCUUGCCGGUGAAAAUCAGCCUCAUGCUUAUGAUCCAGCUAUGGCAGGUAUGCAUCGCCGCCGUCGACGUGAAAGCGGUUCCCAGGAACAAUCCUACAACCGAUACACGGGGCAGUUGUCAGGCCAUUCGCGUGUACGUCGCAGUCUGUCGAAGGUGAACGAUGCCACGGUAGAGGCUCUGCCAGGAAACCGUACGCUGUUUUUCAACUGCGCUGAGGAGGAUUCUUUCAUCGAGUGUGCCCGUCUGAAUGUGGCGGUAGACAUCUUCCGCCCGACAAACGUGCCCAUCAUAAUAACGCUCCACUUCCAGCUCGAUCUGGAUGCCAUUAGUGAAGCGUUUCUCGAGCGUGAAGACAUCUUUGCGCUGACGAUGUUGGCUGACGUGCACAAGACGGGCGACCCGGACGGUAUCACAUUCCGGCAGGUCCGUAGCAAUCCCCACACGGUGGUGUAUCGUUAUUCGGACGGUAGUACCCCUAUCUGGGUGAUUAUUGUAUCGGUACUCGGCGGACUGUUGCUGGUUGCCGCGAUCACGUACGGUUUGUACCGAGCCGGGUUCUUCAAACGCAAACGCAAGGAAGAAAUUGAGAAACUGCAUCGAGAGAGCGCACGUCUCAACGAGCCGGAACAGGUAAAUCAAUCACCGGCGGAAGUUACCACUGAACUGAACUGA